AUGUCUUCAUACAGUGGGUCCACCCUAAACUCGAGUGAAUCCGAUGUUGAGGACAUCACGCAUUCCGAUAUUGAGUCUGAAUACAUCCCGUCGGAGACAAGCGAAGAUCGGGAGUUUAUUGUUUCGGACUCGGAAAGUCUGUCAUUUGUGCCAAACGAGCUUUCAGAACCCGAAGGCCCAAGCUACACUAUUCUUGAUGAUAUAGUCAGCGAUGUUACUACAGAACAGAGUGUCAAAAGCCUUCCCGCCUUACAGACCUUGCGCGCUCUCGUCAUCAUGGGCAUCCAGCGCAGCGACCAGACAGCCCCGGCUGCUUCCUACCAUACCGAGAACCCGUUGGUUCAGGAAUUUGGGCAGCUUCAGGUUCUCGAUGAUCUGAUCCGUUUGCGAGCGGCCGACAUUGUCCAACAUCCGAUCCUUGCCUAUCCCCGAUCAGCGAACCAUGCCGCGUCCUAUGACUACUAUAGCGGUCAAAUCUUGAAUGGCAUGAUCAACCAAAUGUUUGGAUGA